CAAUAAACAAUACAGUUUUAUAAAAUGUGAGUUAUAUUUUAAAUCAGUAACAUAGGUAUGAUUGCAAAUAUUCACUCUAAAUUCAGCUUGAAGCACACUUUGAAAGGAUCAGUGCGGUAUUUAACAUCAAAACAACUGGUUUUCUCUGAAUUUGGAAAUCCUUCAAAGGUUCUAAAACUUGAGGAGUAUAAGCUUCCAGACUUGGGUCCAAAUGAUGUACUAGUACGGAUGCUAGCCGCUCCAGUUAACCCAGCUGACAUCAACACUAUUCAAGGCAAAUACCCAGUCAAACUUAAACUACCUUGCAUACCUGGCAAUGAAGGUGUGGGAAUUGUGGAAAAGAUUGGAAGUGAAGUAAAAAAGUUUUGUCUAGGAAAUAAAGUUAUACUUACGAUGCCUGCUCAAGGUACCUGGAGGAACCUAGCCAUAUUCAGUUCCUCAGCACUAACAGCGGUCCCAGAUGCCUUAAGAGUUCCAGAAGCUGCAACACUAGCUGUGAACCCUUGCACUAGCUUCAGGUUGCUAAAUGAUUUCAUACCUGUGCGUGGGACAAACCUGGUCGUCAUUCAAAAUGGAGCAAAUAGUUCAUGUGGCCAAAAUAUUAUACAAUUGUGCAAAACAUGGGGUAUUCAAACUAUCAACAUUGUACGAAACCGACCUGAAAUAAACGAUUUAAAAAAAUAUUUAAUAACUUUGGGAGCUACUCAUGUUUUAACGGAAGAAGAAGCAAAAAGAACUCCUAUAUUUAAAAAUAAAGAAAUUGAAAAACCGUCUCUAGGUUUAAACUGUGUGGGAGGACAGAGUUCGUCGCUAAUAGCAAAACAUUUGAAACAUUCUGGCUGCAUGGUUACCUAUGGAGGAAUGUCGAGAAAUCCAGUCACUAUCCCAACUUCAGCAUUUAUUUUCAAAAACCUAACAUUUCAGGGCUUCUGGAUGACUGCUUGGAACAAAAAAGCUAGUAACUUAUCAGCAAAAGACGAAAUGUUAUCAGAAAUUAUUGUAUUAAUGUUAAAGGAUAAGCUUAAAGCUCCUACACACCAGAUGAUUAAAUUCGAUAAUUAUUUAGAAGCCAUUAGUAAUACUCUUACUUCUAAAGGUUUUCGAGGACAUAAAUACAUUUUAGACUUUCGGUAA